UCAUUGGGCGUGGGUAAUAAGCUCUUGUUCUUACCUGAAAGGCACCCAGACGAAUGAAUUCCGGGAUUUUUGGAGCUUCGAUUGUCAGAAGAAAAGAGUUUGUUGGUGUGAUCACUUGGUUUUUUUUUUCGUAUAAAGCGCUGAACCUCCACUAUAAUUUGUUCUUUUAGUUCUUCCAUGAUAUCGCUAUCGGGCAUUCCGGAUAAUUCCGUGGCAUAGAUUACGCAUUGAACCGAAUUCAUCGUUACGUGCGGUACAAUUGAGACUUUGGUGCCAUCAAUAAGUUGUGUCAUUUUUUGUAUUUUUUCAAACUGUUUAGCGGAGCGGGUCUUUAUCAGUACUUUAGAGCCGUUUUCUAUUUUGAUUGCCGGUAGGAAAUUUCCAAUCAUGUUUUCGAUACUUUUUCCAAUUACAAAAGGGUUGUUUGGGAAGGUUUUAGCAUCUACUAGACUCAUGACCAAAUAUUUCAGUAUGCCCGAAUUACCGGUACGGUCCAUCCAUAUCGACAUUAAUGGGUUUCUAUUUUCCCUUGGAUUCGGGGGCCCCAUCACCUCUGCACUAAGCACCAGCUGUUCGUUUUUUCCCCCUGAAAUGAGAGGAGAGACAAAAAACAGGCCACCUGCAAACUACAGUCAACCCAGAAAAACACGUUCACACACGUUUGUAUUCGCUGCCGUGCUGAAACUGAUUUUUGGAAAGUCCCUGCAAACACUUUCUCAGUGAGAAAUUCUCAUACACAUACGGUAUUGCGGCUGUUGGUGUUUUUUUGUUUUCAGAGUGGUGAGCGUAGUACGGACAUGUCUGAACUGGACCACGAUCAACACACGACUGCUUUUAAAUUUUUGUCUGUGUAUGAUGUGUGCUUGUGGCUUUUGUAACGGGUUUUCUUUGAUGGUUAAACGCAGCGUUCUGCUCUGUGUUCUGUUCAUUGUGUAGCAUAUCUGCUAUACAGAACAUAUUGUAAUACACACUAUCAGCUAUAAACACAUUGUAACACACUUUGGAAAGCCAAACCACACCAUUGUAACACAUUCGUUAUAACACAUUCAGUAAAUCAGAUCAUACCAUAGCACCGCAACCGGAAGAGUUCAGGCCGUCCAUUCAAACAAAUAACAGAUGUGACACACUUAUCCAAAACACAUUACAUGGCGACCGUGACCUCAAUCUGCAAUCGACAGGCAGAAGUGUAAGCAAAUUAUUUCAAGUAAAAUGUGAUACGUACAACGGUAACGUAAAGCGUAAGUGUCGUGUGACGAACCAAAAGUAUUGUGACCAUAACCGGCAUUCGACGGAAAGUGAAAAAAAAAGUGUCAAAUGUGCAUUUUUUUAUUACGGAACAUUCAUCAACGCAGCUGCCGCAAGUAACCCAUAUAUAAACAAAAACAAUAACGAUGAAAGAACAGCUACAAGCAAGUCCCGUACAGUGCAGAAUGAAAAAUAAAAACAUUUAGUGCAGUGUAAGUGCGAAAUGAAUGUUUAAUUGAUGAACAAACAUUAACCGUACACAGUGUUGUGAGAACCUACCUAAAUGUGUAAAAACGUAUUAACGCUCAUGCGAUCGGUUUACCUAGUAGAGUAACCUUGAAAUGGGAAACUAUAGAAAAAAAGCUAACUUUUAACAACAACCCAAGUUCAGCACAGUACAGUAUAGCAAUCUAUACGAUUCUUGGAGCAAGUGAUAUGGAAUGAUAAAGUGCAGUGCAAAACAAGCUGUGGUCAGUGUGAUUGAAUGGAACAACCGUCCCCACCGAGGAAGACGAAAAGAAAAACCGAGCCCACCGCCCAAUAUGGAUUGGCAGACGAGAAUGGACAAGUGUCUCAACCCCGACAAGACAUCGAGCGACGACUGAUGACAUCGCAGAACUUCACAUCUAACAUCGAGUAUGUACCUAGCACCGAUUUAACACCUUGCACCGGUAAAAAUGCAGCGUAGCAUCAUCAUCAGCAGCAGCAACAUUAAAUACAUGUUAUGUAUUUAAAUAAGGUACCGUAAAUUCAAAAUUUUACUGAUGAGGCUGCAUAAAUUUGCAAAAUCAGCAGAAAAAACAGUUUAAGAAUAUAUUCCCCUUGCAUGACAGAUACAAAUAGGAUAUCAAAUUAAUCCACAACAAACAUAAGACGCAAAAAUGACAAAAUCAAAUUUUAACGUAAAUACGAAGAUAAGCCAAGCAUUAGAGCUUGCGAUGCAUAAGAUAUGCCUAAUAGCAAAGAAACACAAAAGAAUCAAACUAAAACUAUCAAUGAUAACAUAUUUAAAGAUUACUUGCUGACAAUUCAAGAAGUAUCAAACAAAUCUAUUUUCAAUACCGAUUUUAUCUUACAUAAGAAGAACUACUAGACCACUAGAUUGAGAAGAAGGUUUAAUAACCCCUACAGAAAACUAUAUUUGGCGUAUAAAUCCAGUACAAAAAGCAAUAACAUAUGAAUGAAAAAAAAAAUUAAGACCAUGUUAGAAAUUAACAGCAAAAAAAAUUAUCUUAAAGUAAAAUAUCGAUCAAUUUAAGAUUUUAAAUCAUUUAAAUGAACUAAAACUAACAAAAAUAAUAAAAAUGGCUAAAUUUGAUCUUGAAACAGCCAUAGGUCUUGUACCAAUGUACGAUGGUUCUUCUGAUACUUUUGACACAUUUGAAGACGCAUCAAAGUUUUUGUUUGAACUAAAUCCAAACCAUGAAGCGAUGCUUAUAAAAUUCCUACGAACCAGACUGAUUGGUAAAGCAAGAAUAGGGCUACCUAGCAAUAUUACAUCUUUUACAGAGCUUAUAAACGACAUCAAAAGAAGAUGUAAAGAAAAACUAACACCCGACAGGAUUAUAGUGGAAUUGAAAUCCAUUACAUCAAAGGAUACACAAACAAUUUGCCAGAAAGUUGAAAUGCUUACAGAAAAACUCAAUUUAAUUUACCUAGAAUUAGAAUUCCCAGAAAAAAUUGCAAGCGAUAUGGCAAUCAAACAAGGGAUAGAAACUCUAAAACAAAAGAUUUCAAAUGAAGAAACUAAAAUGAUCUUGAAGAUUGGUACUUUCUUAACGAUAACAGAUGCAACUCAAAAAGUAUUGGAAAAUGAAUGCGAGGAAAUCAAUAAAAAUAGUUAUCAAUUUAACACACAUGGCUAUAGUCUAAACCAUGAAUACCCGCAAAGAAACAACCAGCUUAAUUACCAAUUUUUUCCAAAUUUGAAUCAAUCAUUAACUACUCAAACAACACCCAACAACUAUAGUUAUAGAAAUAAUAACAACUUCAGUUUCUACAAACGCCACCAUCAGUUAAAGAAUUGUAGUAGUCAGAGUCAAGUUAAUCAAGGAUAUAAUAAUCGCGAAUACAAUUAUAGCAAUAGUAUUCAGAACAGAUCCAAUAAUAUGCAAUGUUAUUACAUCAGAACAGAACAGAACAGAAAUGAACAGAUCAAUAAUAACAAUCAAUUACAUAAGAAUCAUAUUUACCACCAAAAUGAUGAAGAUUAUAGAAAUACUAAUCAAAUAAAUGACCAAGUUAAAAAAUAUUAUAGAAAUAUUAACAGCAAAGCAAACUAUAAUGACAGAAAAUAUGAAGAUAAAUCAAAAAGAAGACAUACAUUAAAAAAUGAAACAAAUAAUGAUAUGAAAAGGUCAAGAGACGACUCAAAAAGAAUAAUGAAAGUGAACGAUAAAUUCACAAAAGAAUAUGAAAAUGAUACUAACAAUGAUUAUAACCAUAAAAACAUGCAACAUAUACAAAUGAUUACAAUAAGCAAUGACAAUGAGAAAAAUAUGGUUGAAAAACAAGUAACAGAUAGUUUAAUACUGCUAGACAACAUGGAAAUGAGUGAUGAAAUUAAUUGCAACGACAAUCAUGCAACUGAGCCAAAACAUUUAAAGAAAAGAAAACGUAACAUCAAAUCAAAGAAAAAGUUUAUAAAUGAAUUAAACAAUGAAUUAUAUUGCCACGAUAAUAAGACUAGAAAAAUGAAUUAUUUCACAUUAUGUGAAGAAAAUGUAAAAGAACCAAGAAAUAAUGUUACUUACGACAAGAUUCUAAAAGAGCUCAAAGAAAAAUUUCAUAAUGUUAUCUCCAUGCAAAAAGUCAUAAGAUCUAUAAAAGCAGAAAACUCUAGAAACGAACCCAACAAAGGAAUCAUAGGAAAUUCAAAAUAUUUUAGGAGAAAAUUAAAUAUUCACAGUUCUUUAUCUCUAGAUAAUAGAUCUAUUUACAUAAAAUAUUACCCACCUUAAGAGAAAAGUAAUGAUUUAAUUAGUAAACCAAAAAAGCAUAACAAAUACUCAGUUUAAUUAAAUGAAAAGAAUAACUUCAAACAAUUUCAUUAUUUUCGUUAUUCUCCUAAAGGGAGGAGGUGUAGCAUAUCUGCUAUACAGAACAUAUUGUAAUACACACUAUCAGCUAUAAACACAUUGUAACACACUUUGGAAAGCCAAACCACACCAUUGUAACACAUUCAUUAUAACACAUUCAGUAAAUCAGAUCAUACCAUACACACCCGGAAGUCUCAGGCCACACCGUUCAUAUAAAACAAUUGUGACACACUUAUCAGAACCAACCGAAACGUACAACAUAAGCAGGAACAGUUAAUGCAUUAUAACCCAAAGCAGGAACAGUAUAAUCAUUAAACCCAAAACAGGAACUUAGUGACAAGAACCAUCGUUCUUGUCAACAAAAGACAAACGUAACUAGCUGAGUGAAAACAAUAACUUUCCAACAUACAACCCGGAACCAAAUGUGAGAAACCCUUAACUUCAUUUGAGUAUAAAUAAAACCAACUCCGAUGGUAUGAUCUGAUUUACUGAAUGUGUUAUAAUGAAUGUGUUACAAUGGUGUGGUUUGGCUUUCCAAAGUGUGUUACAAUGUGUUUAUAGCUGAUAGUGUGUAUUACAAUAUGUUCUGUAUAGCAGAUAUGCUACAAUUGGAUUUUAGCAGAGAGUGUCUCCGCGUUUUUUCGAUGAGCUCUUGCACCGACCAUCCACACCAAGAUAACGAAACACUGACCUACCGCGACGGUACUCCAUGUACAGUUGUACGAUCAUCACAUUACAGAAGGCUAACCCCAAUAAUGGAGACACGAUCUAUGAGAAAAAGGACCACACGAUUGCCCGAGGAGGGAGCCCCUACUGGAGCUGGGCCUGGGACGGGAGACAGAGCAAGCAUCCAGCGGCUGGAAGAUGAAAUGGUGCAAGAGCGUUCUUUCAGUCAACGGGCUCUGCCCGUACCACGAACGCAAAACAGAAACGGCAGCACUAUAAAUCACCAAGGCAAUGCUGCAUCUGCUAAUGUUGCUGUGGCUGAUAGACAACAGUCACUCAUUUUGGCAGGAGGCCGACGGCAGCGGAUUAUGUGGACGAGAGAGAUGAACCAUUACGUGAUCCGUUGCUACUAUGUUUACACGAGGAUGGAGACGGACAUGCCCGGCAGAGCGAAGAUGCUGGGUAUGUUCAAUGAUCGUUUCCCUCGGUUUGCGCACCAGCUUGAUCUGAACAAGUUGUAUACACGGCAGCGAGCUAUUAUUUCGCCUGAGGAACUUGAGUUCAUCAAGCUGGCGGUGAGGAGGGAAUUUGGAGAGGAAGAGGCAGGCUCGCGCGAGUCGAGUAGGAUUUCUGCUAGGCUUAAUACAAUAGACCAAAAUACAUCAAGGGCGAGUGAGGAUCGUGAUUUGGAUGAACCCACCGCUCCAGGAUUGUCAGUGGAUAUCCAACACCAGAUGGCCACAGCUGUUACGCAGUUCCAUGGGACAGACCCGUUGUCUCGUCACCGACUACCAAAACUGCAUUAUUCUUACCGCCUGAAAACAGCAGUAAGCAUCAUAAACCAAGAUGUUCUACCUCAGUAUUUGGAUAGCGUAGGGAGCAUUGAGGAUCUGCAGUUAAUUGUGUAUUCGGCUGCGGUGGCUGUUGUACGAACGCUAUGAUUGCGGAUCUAUCCGCAAGGAGACAGCGAAGGUCGACCAUGCUCCAAGGCUGAAAAGCCCGCCUGGAUGCGACGUCUAGAAAACCGGAUCAACGCAACACGGACAAAGAUUGGUCGAUUGCAGGAAUAUCAACGGGGAAAUCGAUCUGUGACUUCGUCAGAUUGCUGAAAUUGUUAAACCUAAAGAACUACGAGACCUCAAUGGAACCCCAUGAGAUUUAUCAGUCCAACUUUAACCAUGAUGGUCUAAAAAGUGAAGCAACUUCGUUUAGCAGCGUGCACGAUCAAAGAAAGGCACCACGUAGUGUCUAAAACGGAAACCGUACGGCAGUUUGUGGACGUCGGGAAAGCCUGUUCCGUAAUCUACAAUAUAUUGGCACUAUAAGACAAGGCACUUCGUAAGGCCGUCGAUUAAUUUUUGCUAGUAAGAUUGAAUAAUUACCUUUCAAGGGAUGUUUAUGGAAAGAAAUUUUCUCUUUUAGUUUUUUUUUCUACACUCAGCCGAAAAUAGUCCAUUUUUUUAAAUUGCAUACGAGUAACUUGAUGGGUAACUGCUCCAAUAAAAGUAAGGACAUGUUAUGGCCCUUAUGGUCCCGUAGAUCGUCGCCGAUGACACACAACGAUCUUAGAUCAAAGUGUGUGUAUGCGAUUUACAUGAAGGUCAGCGAUCGCGCGAUCGGCACGUUUCGUAUGUGCCGAUCAGAUCAGAAUAGCAUGGUACGCUUGUUAUGUUUCGGACGGCGGAAAAAGAACGUUUGGUUGCUGAAUAACGAACGAAUUUAAUUUCUGUUUCAAUCAAUUUCAUCAGUUUAUGAUGGAGAGGAUAGAGAAGGGAAGGGCUCUGAAAAUGCAACCUAGCAAUGGAGUGGGUUGCAUCGUCGAACCACGAUCGAAACAUAAUUAUUGCAGUUCAGCAAUAUACCACACUGGCAUCUGUAGCGUGUUGCAGCGUUAUCUGCCUUUCAUUAUUACCGCAGCUAGUACACAGCAUCACACAGGAACAGUUGGAGUCCGACAGGUUUGCCAGCCGAAGCACAAAAUAUCGGACGGUACCAAUUAAUCACACGAUGGUAUACGACUCAUAAUAAUCGAAUAUCUAGUUUGUGUAUAAGAUAGGUUAAUGCCAAACGCAAAAAAUAGAUUUGAACACAUUUUAAACUAUUUUUGUGUGUUUUCAAAUGUAAAACAAGUUGGUUGACUGAGUCAAAUGAGCUACUUUGAUCUACACGGAGUGAAGUUUUGAGCUAUUUUUCGUCGCGCGCGACGUUGUCGCUCUAUGUCUAUUUGAACGGUUACCAUGUCUCUUGGACUUUCGAUGAAAAUGUCUAGCGGCAACUGGGUACGAACUGUUAGCCUAACUUAGUCAUUCUAUCCACCUGACUAUUCAGCAAUAGCAAUCGACGGCUUUCGUAUGAUGUGUGCGUGAGUUACGGGAUCGCUGAUCAGAGGAUCGAAGGAGAGAGUUCUAAAUAGACGGAGCACGCAUGCAGUGAUGAGUUUCAUUCGUGCGACUGAGUUAAAGCAAAUAGGAUUAAACGGGCUCGUGUUAAUAAUAAUAAAGUGUUGUGGCUCAUUUCUAGAAAGCCGCACUAGAACAACAAUUAUCAA